AUGCUAAGAAGGAAAAGCAAAGAGAGACCCUUCACGAUUUUCAAGGCUACCGAACCCCGCAAACCCUGGGAAAUGAACAGGAUUGACGCAGGUCAACGUGAUCUCAAUUGUUGUGUUGAUGGAUCAUCAGGAACGCGUCUGUCAAAGCCUCAAAUCGUGCACAUUCUUGUUCACCGAUCAGAAAAAGCAUGGGCGUCAUGCAUACGCGUCUGCCAUGAUCCAGCAAUAGAGCGGUAUCUACGACUCUUCGACAUCGUCAACGCCUGCUGUUCAUGUGAGCUACUCGCGCAACCCGUCGACCGCGCCCGCAGCCAGGGCCGUGUCGACUAUUUCGGAGGACGAUUCCUCCGAUUCGCAUCGACACUAUGGCUGCGAGACUUGGAGCUCUUACACCACUGGACGACGGAGGCGUUCGAUGGCCUAUCUCAGCGUCCUGAUAUUCGAAAUAUGUGGAGAGUCGAGGCUCCUAAAGAAGCCAACGCGCACGACUAUUUUAUGCAUGAGAUCUUGGCUUUCGCAGCGCUGCACAAGGCAUACCAACAGCCCCUAGACCAACGUCAGCCAUAUUAUGCUUGCGGUAUACAUCAUCAAGACCUUGCGAUUCGAGGCGUCCGCGAGAGGCUUCACAACGUUACAAAUGAUGACGCCCCGGCGAUUGUAGCUACCUCAACGCUCCUCACUCUAAGCGUGUUUGCUUCAACAGGAUUCGAGGCUCAGAACGCACCCACUGCUGCAGCAAUCGACAGCAUUGAUAGUAUCAUGAAUGCCUUCCAUCUUAUGCAAGGUAUGGGCCAGGUUCUUGCGCUGGCUCAGGCAGCGGUGAGGGAGUCUUUCAUCGGCCCUAUGUUGAGAGAUCCAUCAGAACUCACUGCAUCUCAACCCAUGCUGCAAGAGUUGAAGGAUCACCUACCUGGACUAAUAGCAUUUAUCGAAGGCAAACCUGAUCUUUCAGAGGCCCGACGAAAUCUCUAUCUUGCAACCAUUGCUUACUUCGAACCGGCUCUUCAGAUGUCGCUGCCUCCUCGGGUCGAUAACCGAGAGUUACGUUUCCUAUUCUUUUGGCCUCUUCACUUAGAUCCAGAAUUUAUGGAGUCUCUGCGGCAGCGAAGAUCAGGCGCGAUGGCAAUUCUCAUGUAUUUCGCGACUGUUCUUCUUGCAGCUGAGCCUCGAUAUUGGUUCAUGGAGGGCUGGGGACACAGGGUGAUGAAGGCAUGCCACAAAGUCCUCGACCAGAGCUGGAUGCCUGCUGUACAGUGGCCACUAUCUUUUCUCGACCAAGUUCAGUCAUGGGAUUUGUUCGCAAAUCUUACACGCCAGGGACAGAGUUCUAGGCCGUCAACGGAGACGUCGUAUACACCACGGCAACCGACAGUAAUACCUCAAAGAGAGACUCCAUCUAUUGGAUCAUCUUCCACCUCUUAUGGCGAAGUACCACAACCCUUCUCUUUGCAGCUGCAAGGAACAAAGUAUGCUCUUCGGAUGGGUAGCGCCGUUGACGAGCCGGUUCCAGAGGAUGAUUAA